AUGGUUUUUUCUUGGCAGCCGGUUUUGCGCCACUCGGCUGAGGACAUUCGGUUCCCCUCGCCGAAGAUCACCACUCAUAAAAUGAAACACGUAAAGCACACCACGAAAGCCGAGGACGCGUUCGGCACCAACCUAUGCCGCGAGUGGGAAUGCAACAAGGGCGAUACGUACCUUCUUGAGGUGGGCGAGGCUUGGACGUGCACGCGUUGGGGAAAAGACGGUUGCUCUAAGACGUUCACUGUGAUUCCCGACGAGGCCUCUGGCAAGAUCUGGUGGGGACACAGGGCAUCGUUCUACUGCGAGGUCGGCGUGGAGGCGAACAGCGACGUCCUGAUCUGGUGCAGGCCAGGCGCACGGACCCCGCGCUUCGUCUGGCGGGCGAAGCCAGGCGCAACGCGCUCGCCGAGCUGGCGGUCGGAGUCCACCGGCUCGGGAGGAGACAGCACGGCCGAGCUCUCCUGCCGCUCGUCCUCCAGGCCGGGUUCCGCGGAGAAGAUACGGAAGCCGCGGCCCCCGUGGCGCCCGCGGGAGGACGGCGCGGAGCAGGGCGACGGGGCGGGGGACCAGCCGUGCGAGAAGUUGGCCGGCAAGAGGAGCGGGUGUGGCCGUGGCGCGGUGGUGGAGGGCGGGGCGCUCACAACAGCAGAUGUGCCCACCUGGCGCGCUGGCGCCGACCGCCCGGAGGAGUUCGGCGGCCCUGGCGAGCUCCCGCGCGCGGAGGCAGUCGCGGCGUCGAGACAUCCGCAGAAGCGGCUGGUGAACAUCGCGACGAAAAAGGAGCUCGAGGAGGAGCAGAUUCAGGCGGCCGCGGGGAAGCCGAGGAGUGCUUCAAGUGCGGCGUCGCCUCGCGUGGCUGAUCGUGCAGAAGCAAGUCGCCAGGCACACAGCAGGCCGAGGCUGCCAGAGGGCUUCCUGCCGCCGCCCGGCCUCGAGCCCCCGCAAGCCGCCCUCCACGAGGCGUCCGAGUCCUCGCCACCGGGCUCGCCGAAGGGUACCUCGGACGACGAGACCAGGGCCGGCUCCGACUCCUCGCACGCCAGCGACAUCAACCGCGGGCCGCUGGACGGCAGUUGGUUCGACAGCUGCGGCAAAGUAGGCACCAUCGCAGGAUCAGUGAUGCACUGGGCCCACCACCCCGACGACAGCGAUGGAGCUACGGAGGUGGUUCUCAGGGGUGCCACCGUCCACAUGACCUUCCUCGGGCAGAUGCUCAGCGGGGUCCUGCGGGGCGAGCAGAUCAUCUGGUCCAAGAGCGACGUGUGGCGGAGGGUCGAGCCCGAGCCCCAGGCCAGGAUCUUGCAGUAG